CCGCACCAUCCCGCGACCCUCCAUCCUCCAAUCGACACCACUCAUCCCCCAAUUCCAAAAUGCCCCUAACGCCAGCACCAGCCGCACCUUCUCAACAACCUCCCUCCGCGCCCGCGCAAAAACAAUGGGCCAGCUGCGCGCCCGCAACUCUACAGGCCCGUUCUCGUGGAAAGCAGCGCUGCUGUUCGUCGUAACUGGAGCAGGAAUGAUUGUGUACUUCCAGGUUGAGAAGGAGCGAUUGGCGAGGAAGCGCGUUGCUGAGAUGAGUAAGGGUGUUGGUAGGCCAAAGGUUGGGGGGCCGUUUGUGUUGAGGGAUUUGGAGGGGAAGGAGUUUACGGCGGAGGAUUUGAAGGGGAAGUACAGUUUUGUCUACUUCGGCUUCACGCAUUGUCCCGAUAUCUGCCCGGACGAACUUGACAAAAUGGCCGAGAUCAUCGAUAAGGUCAACGAGGCGACUGGCGACCCGAGCCUUUUCGUGCCUGUGUUCAUCACCUGCGAUCCUGUCCGAGACACUCCCGAGGUCCUGCGCGAAUAUCUGAAAGAGUUUCAUCCGGGGAUUGUUGGGUUGACGGGGACGUAUGACCAGGUGAAGCAUGUGUGCAAGAUGUACCGGGUGUACUUUAGUACGCCGCGGGAUGUGAAGCCGGGAGAGGAUUAUUUGGUGGAUCAUAGUAUCUAUUUCUAUCUCAUGGAUCCCGAGAACGAUUUCGUCGAAUGUAUCGGCCGUCAAGAUACCCCCGAGUCAGCAUCGAAGGUGAUUCUGGAGCACAUCAACGAUUGGAAGCGUGAGGGCCGGUCAUUGACCGGUGGACAAUAGCUGUAGCUGUA